UUGUUCUUAUUUGCGGUUCUGUUUCAUGGUACAAUCUCAAAACGUUGUCGUCGUCAUCGCAGCAACAGCAGCAGCGUGAAGCAAAGUGCAAUGUUCCCGAACCUAGAAGAAACACCGACAACUUUUGGGCACUGGUGGAAGACUCACUGACUAGCGUUGGAUCGUCUGUCUACAUUUGUGAGGUAAAGAAACAGCAUCAACGAGGUUUUUCGUCGACAUCGUCGUCAUCAUCGCGUUUUUUGGAGCUUCUUCCUUAACGUGGAGUCAAAAAAGGAAGAGAGGUUUAAAGCUCCACAAUUUCCCCGCUGCUGUGACUCAUUUUGGCUGUAGCCCCAAGGAAGUGUUUCCUGGAAAAAAGGAGUAAACUACUAUGAUACUGAACCAUCAAAUGGAAGAACAGAUCUAUCGAACAUGGCAUUGAAAACGGCAAUGCGCAGUUAUCCUUACAUAGGUUGACUGAAAAGCGGUAAGCGUGUAGAGCUCCGACAGAUUUUACCAAGUGAACUUUCUCUUACUGUCAAAGUCGGAGAAUCUCGUGUUUCGAAAAACCUUGGAUUUUACACUGAGUUGACAGGAUGCAAAAACGUACCAGUUCGCACAAAUGAUCCUUCUUGUUUUACCAAUCUAGUGACCUAGUCACAUUGCCAAUCAUGAAAGGGCCAAAUUCGUUGGCUUUGUUUACGCUGCUAGCAAUGUUCCAUCAAGUGUCAGCCGACAUCGAUUUGCAGCCGGCGCUGGUCCGAAUCCAGCCGCGAUGGAACGAGAAGAUCACCUCGGAAGAGGAACGUAUCGAUUUGAGGACCUGUGCGGGCGCCGUGGUUGGGCAUCGGCACAUUCUGACCACAGCCUCCUGUUUGUUUCCGGAUGCGAACAAAAAGAUGUUCCGGGUGCUGCCUUUCUGUGGAAAUAAGGGUCAGGACGUGGCCGAGCUGAUCGUUCAUCAAAAUUACGCCCCCAAGGAUGAAUACCAGUCGAUGGGGAAUUUGGCGGUGUUGGUGGUGAAGAACGAUUUUUCUCUACUGACCUGUCCAAUGUACGAUCUGGCGAAACCAACCGAGAAGCUUGCGAACAGAAGUUUCUUCCUCGAUAGUAAUGGAACACUGCAACAGAUAAGGCUGUUGAAGACUGAUCUCGAACCAGACAAUGAGCUGGACAUUCCGACCGAUAAGGCAGUGAUCAUGACCGAGUGCGAAAUCGAAGUCGGGAAUCCGGUGUUGCACGAACGAUCCGAUGGAGAAUGGUUCCUGGGGGCACUGAUGGGCUUCAUUCCGGAACAGUGCGGACCGACAAGUUUGUCCCCGCAGUUGACCUUGUUAAACGUGCACUAUUUGUGGAUUCGGGGAGUGGUCGAAAAACCGGUGUCCCAGGAAAUGCCAACGAUGGUCGUUUUCAACAUGCUGAAGCUGAUGACCGUCGUCGGAUCACUGAGUGGGAUUUCCUUUGCAUUCUGCUGUGUCAUGUAUUUGGUAGCCGACUAACUAAUAAAUUACCGUGUGUGGUAUUCGAAUCCUGA